CCAUUUAGACUAAGAGUCUUAGACGAGCUCAGUCAGAGGAAAGGCUCUGAAAAGGGUCUAAAAGUUGAACUAGCUAGAUCUACAUUUUAGAAUAUAUUUUCAUAUUUGACACAUCUGCUCUCUGUAUCUGUGACUGGGUUGUGUACUGUUGCCUGCAACAUUAAAUCACCCACAGUGGCUGAUCCCGAGCUUCCAGACUGAGAAGUAACACUGGAUCACCCAUGUACCCAUCUUGUCAAUGAGUGCACAGUAUAAUACCCAAGUUGAGCAUAACAUGAUGAUAACAAUGGACCCUAAUACAGGUAUAUUCUAUCGUAUCUGAAAUUCAAUGAACAGUUUUUAACAUCAGCCUGAUCUUGUUCAAAUGUUAAGCAUGGAAAAUUAUUAUGAUGCUAUAGAACUUGAAAAUCUUUAUCAAUGGGUUGAUAGCAUUCCUCUUAGCAGACCAAAGAAUAACAUUUGGAAAGAUUUUUCUGAUGCAGUAUUGGUUGCAGAAAUAAUCAAGCAUUACUUCCCAUUCCUGGUUGAUGUGAAUAAUUACCAUUCUGCUGUUGGUCCAAAGCAUAAAAUGGAAAACUGGUUUUUGUUAAAUAGGAAAGUACUGCAACAUCUGGGUAUAGAUCUCUCAGAAGAAACCAUACGUUCUUUGGCUAAUUGCAAACAAAAUGUCAUAGAGAAGGUGCUUAUAGUUUUACGAUACCAGAUAGAUAAGUAUAUUGAAAAAUAUGGAGCCAAGUUCAAAGCUAGAAAUAAUGCAGCCAAAAGUAUAGAAGUUAUUUUAAAUACAGCACAAGAUUUGCGAUAUGAUGAAGCCAAUACAUUGACAAAUCAGAAGUCUCUUGCGCAUUCCCCAGUAAAUGCACCAGUUAGUGACAACGUGCCAAGGGCAAUGUUAAAUGAGAAAAUAAUGGAAUGUAGAGCCAAAGAUGAAACAAUGCAGAUUUUAACUCUGAAGAUAAAUAAAAUGGAACAACUUUUACAGCUGAAAGAUACAAAAAUACAACAACUUGAAAAACAACUUGAAGAAAGUAAUGCUAAGUUUUGAUGCAUUUUGGGUUUUAAAAAGUAUUACAGGGGUAAUAUUUUGUGUGCAUCUAGAAAUAUCUGUACAGUAAGAUUGAAGCUAAUCAAUAUAAUUGUAAAUACCAAUUGAGCCUAUCUCAAGAUAUAAUGAAUGAAACAAAUUAAUGUAAUUUUACUGUAAGUUGAUCAGUUUUAAAUCACAUUGCCAAAAUUGUUAUCAAGCUUUGAUGUAAUAUACUUGUUGUAUUUAUAAUGACUAGUCUAUUUUAUUUAUGAAAUUUAUUGUUAAGUUAAAUUAAGUAAAUAUUAUUGGUUAUAAAUAAUAAUUUGCAUUUGAAAAACUAUAGCAUAUAAAAAUAUUUGUCUUGGCAUCCAUGAUGGCUUGACAAUGUGAUUCCGUCCCCAUCCCCUUAUAUAUUAUAAAUGGCCUUCAUCUAGACCUUUGUCAUGAAGAAAUAUUGUAAAUGUUCUUUGUCCAGGCAAUGGUCAUGGGUAAUAGUCACUUAUAUAAUACUUUAUAGAUCACUUGAUGCUGUAGCAGAAGGAAAUGCACAAUUCAAUCAUUUCUCUUUUACUUUAUAAUUAGCCACUUUUGUUUAAAUUGUGGUUGAAUGACAUUCUAAAUUAAUGUAGAGUAUUGAUGAUUUUUUUAUAAGGCAAAGAGUAUUUGGUUAUUGCCAAAAUGUUCAAGCUGUGAUACUAUUUUAAAAAAAAUUAUAAUAAUUUGUAAUCUUUUUGUGAACAUGGUGAACUUUACAUCACCAGUCUUGUGUACUUUACAUUAUCUGCCUCACAAACUUUACAUCACCAGUCUUGUGUACUUUACAUUAUCUGCUUCAUAAACUUUACAUCACCAGUCUUGUGUACUUUACAUUAUCUGCUUCAUAAACUUUACAUCACCAGUCUUGUGUACUUUACAUUAUCUGCUUCUUAAACUUUACAUCACCAGUCUUGUGUACUUUACAUUAUCUGCUUCAUAAACUUUACAUCACCAGUCUUGUGUACUUUACAUUAUCUGCUUCAUAAACUUUACAUCACCAGUCUUGUGUACUUUACAUUAUCUGCCUCAUAAACUUUACAUCACCAGUCUUGUGUACUUUACAUUAUCUGCUUCAUAAACUUUACAUCACCAGUCUUGUGUACUUUACAUUAUCUGCUUCAUAAACUUUACAUCACCAGUCUUGUGUACUUUACAUUAUCUGCCUCAUAAACUUUACAUCACCAGUCUUGUGUACUUUACAUUAUCUGCCUCAUAAACUUUACAUCACCAGUCUUGUGUACUUUACAUUAUCUGCUUCAUAAACUUUACAUCACCAGUCUUGUGUACUUUACAUUAUCUGCCUCAUAAACUUUACAUCACCAGUCUUGUGUACUUUACAUUAUCUGCUUCAUAAACUUUACAUCACCAGUCUUGUGUACUUUACAUUAUCUGCCUCAUAAACUUUACAUCACCAGUCUUGUGUACUUUAUAUUAUCUGCUUCAUAAACUUUACAUCACCAGUCUUGUGUACUUUACAUUAUCUGCCUCAUAAACUUUACAUCACCAGUCCUGUUUGAAAAUGUCUCUAAACUUCAUUUAAUUUGUUAAGUUGAAAAAAAAAAAAAUUAACACUUGGUACAAAGAGAUGAAGAAACAAUUUCUUGACAUGACUAUAAGCUUUUAUUUUUUCUGGACAAUCUAAACAGCUUUUACUUACUUUUUUUUAUUUGUUUUUAAAAGUGCUUUAAAGUUGUUGUUUUUUUACGUCUUACUGUCAUCAUAUUAACUUUCAUCAGCUUGGAGCAGCUGCUAGAGUUGUAUUAUUGUGCAUAUUUGUCCUAGUCAGGGAUGCUGACAUUUUCUAUGUUGUUUUGCUUUGACUUACUUUUAAACACCGGAGUGUUGAUCAGCUACCUACAGGCAAAUUAGUUGUUUUGUUUUUUAAUUAAUUAUUUUACCAUUUUAAAAUUCUUGAAGACUUUUAAGCAAUCAGGCAAAAAAAAAUGAUCUUAUUAAUUGUUAUUGUACUGUUAUUAUACCCUCUCCUAUAUCUAGAGCUAGUCAUUAUAUAUUAGCUAUAUUUGCAAUUUAUAAUCAUGUUUAUAUCUUCAUUUUUACUGUGAUGAAAAAUUUUCUGAUCAUUGGUUUAUACUUUAUAUUUUUGAAUUAAAUAAAAUUUAUAUUUUUUU